GAUGAGUAUGAAGUUACCAGUAGUCACGUUUUUUUCUAUUUUUUGUGUAUAGCACAACUGCUACAUUACACAUACACGUCCCUGGUCUUUAUUUUUGUUGUUAGUAUUAAAUAACUAUGAAUUUUUGAUUAGCUCUCAACUCUUUCUUACAUCAUUAAAUUGCUUUAAAUACUAUAUAUGCUUUUGAAUUGUUAUUUUAAAUAAUUAUAGUUUUCUUUAUGUCAAACGUUUUUAAUUUCAAAUAAUAUCAAUAAAAUUAAAGUAAAAAUGUCUAAUAGAUGGAAAAAUGGAAGAAAAUUAAACCUUAAAUUUAAGUCAAGUAAUACACUUUAACCAUGGUCAUGUUACUUGCUACUUUGGAGAAGGCAAUAAGAAAACUCAAAUGGAAAGAAAGGAGGUUCAGAUCUUUUCACAAGAUUAUUUGGAAAUUGUGACAAAGUAUUUUUUAUGCCUCAUUCAAAAAGUAGCUGAGUAUUAAGCAAUACUAAUAAAGGAACAAUGUUGUUUAUAUAAUGCAUCUGAUAAUUGGGUACCAAGAACAAGUUCCUUUAGAAAUAAUGGAUUUUCAGAACAUCGACGUACUAAUAAAAAUAUUGUAUUUAAACAUCCUUUUAAUAAUAGAGGUGGCUAUCACAUUAAAAAAAAUUGGAUUCAUAGUAAGACUGGCCUUUACAAUCACCAACAUAAAAAAUUUCUUCGUAAAAAUGAAAUGCUGGAACAUAAUGGAAAUCAAAGGUUGUUUAUCAAAUCUCAUUUCAUAAGAAACUCUAUUAGUGUUACUAAGAGUUCCAUACCUUUACAUGUACUUAAUCAAAGCCAUACUGGGUGGUAUUCAGUUCAUAUCCCUAAUAUACAUGAUUCAGCAGAGACUUUAAAAAAGAUUCAGACCUACAUAGCACCUUUCAAGCUUUUUCCAUUUAAUGAGCACUUUUCAGAAAAUAAUCUUCGAUUUUAUAUUGAUAAUAUUGAAACUGCAAAUAUUUUAAAUAAUAUAACUUGCAAAUUAAGAUCAUCUGAAGGCAGAAAAUUAGUUAUUCAUGUCAACACUUAUGCUCCAACGCGUCAAACUAUAUUUCAUGCAUUAGUAUCCAAUAAAAUGAAGGAAAAAAUGUGUGAAACAAUAAGAUCACGUUACAACCCCAGUACAAAAAGUUUGGAUUUAUGUCGUUUUCAUGCUACUCUUUUAUUAACAGAACAUCACUUAUAUUGUCCUUUAAAUUGGCCUUCAUUUCUUUUAACAGUUUUGCAUUUAGGUGCUCAAUUUACUAAACAUGAUUUAUAUGGUCUAAGUCUUGAAUACAAUAACAUUUAUUUAGGAGAAGGUCUUGUUUGGAUACGAAGACUAUUUCCUGAUUUGAAAAUAUUAAAUUUAACUGGAAAUAAACUUAAAGAAUUUAAGGAUUUAAAAGAACUAUCUGGUUAUAAAAUUGAAGAACUUAAUUUAUCUAAAAAUCCUAUAAAUGCUAUUGAAGAUAAACAGUUUUAUAUUGAAAAACUUCAGCAUUUAUUUCCUAUGCUAGUUAAAUUGGAUGGUAUAGAUUUACCUUGCCGUUACACUACUAUUUCAAAUACUAAAUUUAAGAUGCCAAUUAAUAUGGGAAAUAGUUAUCCAAUUGAACAAGGUAACAAUCCUGAAGAUCCUAAUACAAUCAUUAUUUUGGCAGAAUCAUUUGUAGCUCAAUACUAUGAACAUUAUGAUACUGGAAUGUCUAAAUGUCAAUUAGUUGAUGCAUAUCAUGAAAAUUCUACCUUUACAUUGUCUGCUUUUAUUCAUUCAAACAACAAAACAAAUAAUCUAAGAUAUUAUUUAUCUGAAAGCCGAAACUUAUUAAAAAAAACAGAAAUAAUGAAGUACAAAAGGUCUCACUUUUAUCAUCGAGGCAAAGAAAAUAUUUUAAAAGCUCUAGAUAAACUACCAAAAAUGAAGCAUGAUAUAAAAUCCUUUACAAUUGAUGUGCCGUUAGCAAAUUCAUCCAUGGUACAAAUAGUUGUUAAUGGUGUAUUUUCCGAAUAUUAUUAUAACAAUUCAAAACCAUUAUUUCGAUCAUUUUGUAGGACAUUUAAUGUCAUUCCUACAGGUGAUGGUUGUUGGCGUAUCUUAAAUGAUAUGUUUUGUGUUACAACAGCUAAUAAUGAAUCAAUAAUUGAGACAACAAAGCAUAUAAUGGCAGAAGAAAAUUUAAAAUCUGUUCAAAGUAUAAACUUAUUAAAUUAUAAUGGUGAACCUUUACAAAUGGAAUAUAAGACAACUACAGAAACAUUAUUACAGUCAACUCCCAAGUGUACUGCGAAUAUACAACAACAAAAUUCCUUUUCAGCAAAUCAACCAACAAAUGGCCAAACUUCACAGAUAAUCUAUCAACAAAUGCCACAAAAUCACAUAUCUGAAAAAAUUAAUACACCAACAUAUAUUUCUAAUCUUUUAUCUCAAGUUAAUGAAACAAAUAACUCAUUAGAAGAAAAAUUGGUUAUCAUAAAACAGUUUUCUAUUGAAUCAGGAAUGAAUGAAGAAUGGGCUAAAAAAUGUUUGGAAGAAAAUAAUUGGGAUUAUGCCAAAGCAGCCAAUUGUUUUUUGAAACUCAAACCAAAUAUUCCAUCAGCAGCAUUUCUUCAUUGAUUUAUCUAUUUUUUUAAUCAGUUAUGACUAUGUUGUUUUAGUUUAUAUUGUUCUUUCAAAAUGUAUUCAUGUUAAGAUUUAAAGAUCAUAUUAAUUUUUAUAAAAAAAAAGUAUCACUAAAUCUCUUAUUAAAUGAUAGUGUUCACAUCUUUGAAUAAAACUUGAUUUUUAACUUUAA